CAUAUCUGAUUGUUUUUUGGGGUUUAGAUCAGAGCAUUGGCACUUGUGUUUCCUCUGCCAUAACAAUCGUUUCCACUGCACUAGCCUCUCCACCAUUUCGUCUCCGUUCAUGGGUUUCUCCAAAGAAAACCUUCUUGCGCGCUUGAAGGAGCUUCAGAUUCCAUUUUCCCAAUACGAACAUCCAGUUGUGUUGACCGUUGACGCUCAGGCUCAGUAUGUUGGACAUUUGGGGGGCGGGCUCAGUAAGAAUUUGUUUCUCAAGGAUAAGAAAAGCAGACUGUAUGUUGUUUCUGCUUUAGCUGCUACCAAAGUAGAUCUUAAAGUAUUAUCUCAGCGGCUUGGUUUGGGAAAAGGUGGUCUCAGAAUGGCACCUGAGGAGGCUCUAGGUGAAGUACUUCAGGUACCCCUGGGUUGUGUCACUCCGUUUGCACUAGUGAAUGAAUCAGCACGAGAUGUUUCAUUGCUAUUGGAUCAAGGUUUCAAAACUCAGGAGCACUGCUUCUUCCAUCCACUGUCGAAUGACAUGUCUAUAUCUAUAAAAGCAUGCGAUCUUGACAAGUUUCUUAAAUCAAUUGGAAGAAAUCCCUCAUAUGUUGAUUUGGAGGCCAAUCCUACAGUGGGGAAAGAUCAACCCCCUGAUCUAGCUGCUCUAGUUCCAUCCGGUUCAGUAGUUUUACCCGAUCAACCACAAAAGCAGUCUUCACAGGUUCCUAAGGAUGCAAAUCAUGUUUCUGUUGGUAAUGGAACCAGUGCAGUUUCAGCCAAAGUUGUCAAGUCUUCUGAUGGGAAAAGUACGAAGGGAUCACCAACACCGGUAAAAAAAGUUAAUUCAUCAGGCUAUGUUGCAGAUGUUGGUCAAUUCGUUGAAGAGAUAUUGCAAAAAACGUCACAGUUAUUGCUUUCGGAGGUCAAGGAAGAGAAUAUAAAGUUACACGGGGAGCAGCUGGGUACAGUGGUAUCUGACAGAUUACAGAAAAACCUUACUUCAGAGUUUAAGAACCUUGCUAUGAUAUUCAAGAACACAGCAUAUACAGAAGGGUUUCAUGCUGGUACUCAUUAUCGGCCCCCGCCCAUGUGAAGGAUGAUUUAGGAUUUGCUGGUAUGAAAGUAAGAGGGCCCCAAAGUUUUUAUCUCUAGUUGGUCAAUGUUUAGUUUGUGAUGACACCAUGCAUUGUUUGGAUAUUCACAUAUACUGGUAAAUGUUACAGAAUAGAUGAUUCUGAUACAAUUUGAUCAGCCAAAAAAAGAGGCACAUUAAAGUGGCAAUUUUUUUUAUAACCUU